GCCAUAUUGGAAUGAGGCGGCGAGCGGAGCGCUGGGGAGCCGGAGCCCCGGGAACGGCGGAGGGCUGGAAAAACUCUCCGCAGGAUCCCUUCAUGAAUGUCCUGGCUGCCAGCAGGGUUUAAAGUGGGAGGCAACUCAUGACCACUAAACUGUGACAGUUUUGGAUUCUCCUGCUUCUGGCUACUUGGAAUAACAUUGGGCUGCUGUGGAGAUGAAUGGAGAACAGCGGCAUGAUGCAGAUGCUGGUUCUGGUGUGGAAGACAUGGAAUUCAGUUGGGAUGAGUAUCUAGAAGACACAGGAGCGGUUGCAGCCCCUCAUGGGUCUUUUAAACAUGUGGACACAAGUUUGCAGAAUGGUUUUGCACCUGGUAUGAAGCUAGAGGUUGCUGUCAAGUCUGACCAAAACACCUACUGGGUGGCCACCAUCAUUACUACCUGCGGGCAGCUGCUCUUGUUGCGCUACGAUGGUUAUGGGGAGGAUCGCAAGGCUGACUUCUGGUGUGACAUCAUGACAGCUGACUUGCACCCCAUCGGCUGGUGUGAGCAGAACGAGAAGGUUCUCAAAGUGCCUGAAGGUAUCAAAGACAAGAUACCUGAUCAGGAGGAAUUCCUUCAGCAAGUGCUGAAAGGAGCAUGCAGUGCCCCUGCUAACCUGCUGGAGGGGCUUCACAGAGGGAAAAAUCCGUUGGAUCUCAUUGCACCAGGCUCCCGACUGGAGCUCCAGAACUCCCGGGAUGCCCUGGAGGCCUGGAUUGUCACUGUGGUAGAAAAUGUUGGUGGGAGACUCAAGUUGCGAUACGAAGGGCUGGAGGAUUCUGACAAGUUUGACCAGUGGGUCUUCUACUUGGACCCUUUCCUUCAUCAAGUGGGAUGGGCGACUCAAAAUGGAUAUAACCUGCAACCGCCUUUAGCCAUUAGGUCUUUGAAAAGUGAAGCAGAUUGGCAAGAAAUCCUGAAGAAGGUAAAAGAGGAGGAAGAAGAGUCAUCGGUUCCUACAGAUCUCUUUAAGGAUAAACCUGUGAUUGGAGUGCAUUCAUUCUCUGAAGGCAUGAAGUUAGAAGCUGUGGACCCAUCGGCUCCCUUUGUAAUCUCUCCUGCCACAGUUCUCAAGGUGUACAAUGAGAAAUAUUUCAUGAUAGAAAUUGAUGACUUGAGGCCAGAGCGUGCAACCAGCCAGUCUUACAUUUGCCAUGUCAACAGUGCUGGGAUUUUUCCAGUGCAGUGGAGUCUGAAGAACGGCGUGCAUCUCAGUGCCCCGCCAGGUUAUCCUGGGCAGGACUUCGAUUGGGCAGACUACCUCAAACAAUGUGGUGCUGAGGCAGCUCCCCAGAGCUGCUUCCCUUCGUUAACUUCUGACCAUGGAUUUAAGGAGAAUAUGAAACUUGAGGCUGUGAACCCAGUUGAUCCGGAGGAAGUUUGCAUUGCUACAGUCACCAAGUUGAGAGAUUCCUACCUCUGGCUUCAGCUGGAGGGCUCCAAGAAGCCCAUCCCUGACUGCAUAGUGAGUGUGGAAUCGAUGAAUAUAUUUCCAGUGGGCUGGUGUGAGACGAAUGGAUAUCAGCUCAGACCUCCUUGCAAAGCAAUAGUAAAUAAACAGAAAAAGAUUGCAGUAGUUCAACCAGAGAAGCAAAUUUUGUCUUCAAGGACAGUUCACGAUGGACUAAAGAACCAGGAACUGAACUCCUCAGAUUCAGUGGUCAUUAAUGGAAAGUAUUGCUGCCCAAAGAUCUACUUCAACCACCGGUGCUUCUCAGGGCCUUACCUUAACAAGGGCAGGAUUGCAGAGCUUCCUCAGUCUGUGGGACCUGGGAACUGUGUUCUCGUUCUGAAAGAGGUUCUCACUUUAUUGAUCAAUGCAGCGUACAAACCCAGCCGUGUCCUGCGAGAGCUGCAGUUGGAUGAAGAAGCUGCAUGGCAUGGGCAUGGAGAGACCCUAAAAGCCAAGUACAAAGGGAAGAGCUACCGUGCAACUGUGGAAGUUGUGAGGACAGCAGAUCGAGUGGCAGAUUUCUGCAGGAAAACAUGCAUCAAGCUGGAAUGUUGUCCGAACCUUUUUGGCCCUCAGAUGGUGCUGGAUAAGUGUUCAGAGAACUGCUCUGUCCUGACAAAGACUAAAUACACACACUAUUAUGGAAAGCGGAAAAACAAGCGGAUAGGUAGGCCUCCGGGUGGCCACAGUAACUUGGAAGUAGCCAUGAAGAAACCAAAUAAAAGACGGAAGAAACGAAAACAUUUUUUUGUUCAUAAGAAAAAACGUUCUUCUACUUCAGUGGAUAACACUCCAGCUGGAUCUCCCCAGGGCAGUGGAGGAGAAGAGGAGGAUGACCAGGAUGAGGUAGAUGAAGAAUCUCUGAGUGAGGAUAGUACAUCCGAGCAGCAAGAUGAACUGCUUGAGGAAUCAGAGGUAUCAGAGAAAAAAUCACUGUCAUCCUCUCCUACACAGAGUGAGCUGUCUCAUUCUCUGACUCAGGACCAAGACAAGAGGAAGAGGAAGCUUAGGACCUUUUCUUUUUCCGAUGAUGAAAAUAAGCCUCCUUCGCCCAAGGAAAUAAAGAUUGAAGUUGCCGAAAAGCUGCAGCUGGACAGCAACCCUCUGGAAUGGAGCGUGGCUGACGUCGUGCGAUUCCUCAAAUCCACUGACUGUGCACCGCUGGCAAGAAUUUUCCUCGACCAGGAAAUUGACGGCCAGGCACUGCUGCUGCUGACCCUGCCGACCGUUCAGGAGUGUAUGGACUUGAAACUUGGGCCAGCUAUUAAACUUUGCCAUCACAUUGAAAGGGUUAAACUUGCUUUUUACCAGCAGUUCGCUAACUGAGAAGCAGUCAAGUUGAAGCAGACCUUUGAAGCACAACCACGCUCCUUUCUCUCUAUCAAGGAAAGCCAAAUAAAGCUGAACUGGCAACCCAGGAGCAUGAGUCAACCUCCAUUUUUCACUUUGGAGAAAAGACAACAUCUGGAGGAAAAUGCCAGUGCAAAAACAGGGGCUACUCUACCAGCUGCCAGCUUGGGAACACAAUAGUCUCUUGCUCUAUGGUUCCCUUUUUUUAAUGUAUUUUUUAAUGGUUACAGAAAAGUCUCCUCUGGUGGGAAGUGACAUUUCAAUAGUUCUGUUGGCACAGAACUUUUAAAGGAGAAACGAAUCCUGUUUACGUUCGCAUGGAGGCUGCCAGAAAUAACCUUUCUAUAUUCCUGGUGAUUCGCAGAAUCUCCAUCCCUCCCCGUGGACGGACACUUGCUUUACCACAGCACUGGCUUUGGAAUGUGCUUGGUGCACAUUCGUUUGUUAAUGUGGAGUAUUUUGAUGAAUUUGUUCGUUGUUAGGACAGCGAUGUGACCACAAGGUUCUGAAUGUACAGUAUAGCAAGAGUGAGAUUUGUUUCUUGUUUUGUUUAGGGGUUUUUUUUGUCUCUGUUCUUGAGUUUUUGUUUUGUCUUUGUUUUGAUUUUACUACCUCUGUGGCCUGAACAGUAGAAAUGAUGAACUAGAAAGGGAGGGAACUACUUGUGGAUAACUCAUAGGUAGCUGCACAGCAGUCUCUCUUCUGUAGGCAUGUCAGAAAUACAAAGCAGUAUAAGCAUACAGAGCUUCUGUUCCAGAGCUUAAAUGGAAACCUGUGCAGGCUGAACUUGGGUGUUACUUUAUUCUGAGGUGUCAGAAAAUAAUUAUUUUGCACUUCUCUUACAGAUGGACUGUGGUGGGGGUGAGGGGGAAGGGGUGGAAAGGAAGGAAAGAGAAAGUGCCUCUGCAUUUUCUUUUAUUCUGGUUUUCAGAUAAAAGAUAUUUUCUUUAUUUUGCCCUUCACAAUUCUGUGAAGUUGUUUCCGUUUUCUUAAGGAAUUGGGCCAUGUACACAGAGCCUGUCAGCAGCUUUUUUGCUAUGUUACCUGUGCGUCUUCUUGGAGAACACACUAAGAAAACUGCGAUCAGUGAGGACUGCAGCAUAGCUCUGUGCCAGUGUUUGCAUACUGGAAACUAUCUUAAAGCAUGACUUUGUAUUUUUACCUACUUACAGCUACUCAGGAUCACACUUGACAACAAUGUGGGGGUUUGGGAAGGGCUUUUUGAUCUUUUUCUAGAGAAAAGAAAAAGGACCUGAGGGGCAUCUAUUUGUAGACCCACAGUAGGAUGAACUGCUGAUUUUAAUUUUAGGCAUUAAACACACUCAGCCACUUGCUGUGGACCUGUGCUUCACGCUUGAACUAAGAGGGCUUAACUUACUUUCCAUUAAAGAUGUGAGGAAUUUGCAUCAGGCUUGAGAUCUGCUUCACAUAAGGAUUAGGUUUCCAGUGCUUUGCAUUCAUUUUCUUUGCCUGUUCUCAGCAGUAUGUGGAGGAGCAUGGGCAGGAGCUUCGUGAAGUCGGGGAGCAUGCAGCCCUGAUCCUUUCUCCUGUUCAUUUACCUUUUCAAAUACAGACCCUGGCAUCCUAAGACAGUCGAGGCAGGAAGGUGCUUACUGCAGGGUCUUUAGGUUCUGUGCUAGCUUCUGUGUGGUUACUCUGAUCAGUGGAUGAAUUCAAGCUUCUCUAGGGCACAAAAUGAUAGGUUAUUCUGGUGCUGGGAGCUGUAGAUUCAUUGAAGAGGUCAUCAGUCAUCUGUAAACGAAGAGCUGUAAACGAGGAGCUGAGUUUGCACAGUCUGUAUCCACCACACACGUUGAGGGGAUUGACGACCAAUGAAAACUGUUUUGAGUAAGCAAAA